AUUUGUAGCCCUGACUGCAGUCUGCAGCACACAUGGAUGUGUUCAGCUUUGUGAAGAUGCCAAAGCUGUCAGGCCACAGGACCAAAUCCUCAGGCUGGCCACCCCCUUCAGGGACCUGGAAUUCAUCACAGGGACCCCCCAAUGGUUGGGACAUGGGCACCACUAGAGAGGGGCGUGACUGCUACAUCAACCACGUCUCUCAGAGCAGUUCCCUGGAGGAGGUUCGUCUAGAUGGGGAUAAGUUUGUGCCUCCAGCCCCUCGGAAGGUGGAAAUGAGACGAGACCCAGUCCUUGGCUUUGGCUUUGUGGCAGGCAGUGAGAAACCUGUGGUGGUCCGCUCAGUCACACCAGGGGGUCCCUCGGAGAGCAAGCUGAUCCCAGGGGACGAGAUCAUCAUGAUUAAUGAUGAGCCAGUCAGCUCAGCACCCAGGGAGAGGGUUAUUGACCUUGUCAGGAGCUGCAAGGAGUCCAUAGUGUUGACUGUGGUUCAGCCAUACCCAUCACCCAAAUCAGCGUUCAUCAGUGCAGCCAAAAAGGCCAAGUUAAAGUCUAAUCCUGUUAAGGUCCGCUUUGCUGAGGAAGUCAUCAUCAAUGGCCAGGUCCCAGAAACAGUGAAGGACAACUCCCUUCUCUUCAUGCCAAAUGUACUGAAGGUGUACCUGGAGAAUGGGCAGACUAAAUCCUUUAAAUUUGACAGCAACACAUCCAUUAAGGAUGUCAUCUUGACCCUGCAAGAGAAGCUAUCCAUUAAGAGCAUCGAGCACUUCUCUCUCAUGCUGGAGCACAGAGCCGAAGGAUCUGCCAGCAAACUCAUGCUCCUGCAUGAGCAGGAGAUGCUAACUCAGGUGACACAGAGGCCAGGGUCACACAAGAUGAAAUGCUUUUUCCGCAUCAGCUUUGUCCCCAAGGACCCUGUGGACCUGCUGAGGAGAGAUGCAGUAGCAUUUGAGUACCUUUAUGUUCAGAGCUGUAAUGAUGUGGUGUUAGAGAGAUUUGGGUCAGAGCUGAAAUACGACACAGCCCUCCGUCUGGCUGCCCUGCAAAUGUAUAUUCUCACCAUCAAUACCAAGCAGUCCCAGAAAGUUUCCCUCAAGUAUAUUGAGAAGGAGUGGGGCCUGGCGUUGUUUCUGCCUCCUGCAGUGUUGUCUAGCAUGAAAGAGAAGAACAUCAAAAAAGCUCUCACUCACAUCCUCAAAACCAACCAGAACCUGGUACCACCGGGUAAAAAGCUGACAGUCUUACAGGCAAAGGUACAUUAUCUGAAGUACCUCAGUGACUUGAGACUAUAUGGAGGACGGGUGUUUAAAUCCACAUUAGUCCAAGGCGAGAAGCACACAGAAGUGACUUUGUUGGUCGGGCCCAGAUACGGCAUCAGCCAUGUGAUCAAUACCAAAACAAACCUGGUGGCCCUACUGGCUGAUUUCAGUCAUGUCAACCGCAUUGAGAUGUACACAGAAGAUGAGAAGAUGGUCAGAGUGGAACUUCACGUUCUAGACGUGAAGCCCAUCACUCUCUUAAUGGAGUCUGUUGAUGCAAUGAAUCUGGCCUGUCUGACUGCUGGCUACUACAGAUUACUGGUGGACUCUCGGCGCUCAAUCUUUAAUGUGGCCAAAAGCAACACAGAGAAUAUGGAAACAAGUCAUGAGACAAGAGUAAAGCAGAAUUACCAGGCCAUUGAGUGGGCAUACAGCCCACCAUAUAAGCAAUGUGAGGACAGAAGCAACCAGAUGUGUAGCCAGGAGUGUGAAUACAUUGACCAUGGAGGACGCGAAAGUGAAACUGCUCCAGUCUACAUCACUGAGAUCCACCAGCCUCAGCACACCAUGCACAUGGCAGAAAGAGCAGAGUGCUGCAGAGUGCCUCACUCGCAACCCUUCCUCAAUGUCCCAAGGCCCAAACCUCAGGACUCUCCAAGGAGCGCCAAGGUCUCCUUCAUAUUUGGAGAUCCUCCCUUAGACAGUGUAAACCCUCAAAAUCUGGGCUACCAGAGACUGAUGGACGAGAGCCCAGAGAUUUUAGACAAUCACAGCCCCAUGUACAGGCGUCUCGAGGAGGACUACAAGAUGAUGGAUGCCAUGGAGGAUGGGGAUGGGUAUCAGUACACCACCAAAAUCUUUGGUCCUACCGAAUGCAUCGAGGAGCCUCUGCUGCAUGAUAUCUGCUAUGCAGAGACAACAGAUGACGCAGAGGAUGAGGAUGACAUCAGCUGUGAGGAGGACAUGGUCAUGAGUGACAUUGACAAGCCUACGUUCCUUGCACUCUCAGGGUCAAGCGAUGACAUCAUUGACCUGACCUCCCUCCCUCCACCACCAGAGGGUAAUGAUGAGGAGGACAAUGACGUACUGCUGCACUCCCUUAACCUGGCCAUUGCUGCUCCUCCUCCUGGCUUCAGGGACAGCUCUGAUGAAGAGGAGCAGCAAGGGGCUGGGAUUCAGCCGCAGGGGAGCUGCAAUGAUAUCCCAGUAUCUCUGAUAGACUCAGUUCCCACCCAGGGAGUGGAAAGCCACGGAGAGCCCCUGGAUGAUGCAGUGGUGUCCACUUUACAGGCACUUGAGGCCCUCGCCGCAUCUGAGGAACAGAGUCCUGCACAGUCAGAGAAUAGCACAGGUGUAGAAAUAUCACGGGCAUUUAGCCCAGAGUCUUCCUCAGAUUCUGGCAAUGAGACUAACUCCUCUGAGAUGACAGAGAGCUCAGAGCUGGCCACUGCUCAGAGACACUCAGAGAACCACUUGAGGAUGCAUGCAGCCAUGACAGAAGGAUAUCACGCCGUGAAUGAGGAAAAGACAGAGUUUAUUGCAACUAGUGAAGGUGGCGUAGGAGCCCUGCAGUACCAUACCCAGGAACCUCAGGAGGAGGAGGCAAAAUCAUCUGCUGUUUCCUCCUCCUCCCAGAUACUUCAUCCUGAUGGUGGUGAGAUGGAGCCAGAGACCAUGGAAACCAAAUCACUCACUGACUACUUCAGUAAGAUGCACAUGGGCUCAGUAAUGAGCAGGCAGACAGGAAAACAGAAGGAGUCAGAGAAUAGAAUCCAGGGAGAGUCCUGUGAAUCCUCCGAUAGAUUCCAUCUUAAUUCUCAAGAGCUAAAUAAAGAGGAGCCCCCACAUCUGGUUGGGAAAUAUAAUGCUUUCACUGUGAGAGAUUCUCAUUAUAUGAAUCAGCUUGAUUUGGGGCGAACUCACUUUAGAGAGAGACACCAAAAAUGGCAGCGAGUGCCUGGAAACAAAAUGGCUGAGAAUCUCUCACCAGAAUGUGUGAGUGACUCACAGGCUUCCCACGCAGACAGGUUAGCAAUAAAGGGAGACAAACAGGAUUCAGAUGAAAGAAGCCAGCAGUUAAAUGUCCAUCUACGCUCUCCUUCCAAAGGGCCCAUCACCGCAGAGGAUGCCGGUUCAGAGCAGCCGCAAAUCAAGAUACCAGCAAGUGAGCAAGACGUCACACGCUUAUAUGAAUACCACCUGAGCAAGCGCAUGUCAUCAAUACAGAGUGAGGGCAUCCAUUCUCUUCAGAGCUCACAGUGUUCCUCCAUAGAUGCAGGCUGCAGCACAGGCAGUAGCAGCUGUGUCACUCCUAUGGAUUCACCUCUUUGUGCUGCAGAGAAUAUGCAUGUACUGUCAGACUCCUCGCUCAAGGGGCUAAAUUAUAUACCCACCGAGGAGAAGCCCUACUGGCCCCAAGGCCAGGGGAAGGCUGGUCAUCCAAUUGACCCCACCCUUCUGAGGAAGAUCCAUGCGGCUACUAGUGCUGAGUCAGGGUUUGGAACCACACGGGAUGGCAGCCACAGAAUGCCCAAGAUAAAAGAAACUACAGCUUGCACACAGCUGAAGAAGGUUGGGGGAGAAGACUCAUCCUUAGCUCUCUGGAAUGAGACCAACACCACCACCACAACCACGUCACCAUCAUCAUUAAAGAGGAGCACAGAGCCCAGUGGGCAGACACAGGGCUGUCCCGAGCCCCACCCACAUGUCCUGGCUUCCCCCUCUAGCAUAAGUUCAUGUGACCCUACAGCCGGCAGGAAGCCACAUAGGGUUCGGAUGCUGAGGAGGAGCUGGAGUACCAUAACGCCAGGUUCUAGGAGCUUGGAAGCUUUGUUAGAGAAGACCAAAGCCACACUUACAGGGAAGAGUGGUGGGCAGACUGUCCAGUCUCAUGAUCCCCCAAAACUACAGAGGAGAUUCUCUGCCAAAACCUUGCCCAAGAGCUGGUCCCAGGGCUCAGUUGCCUCUAACUCCUCUGGUAGAAGGCUCUUUAGAGGGGCCUCCAUGUUGCUACCGCCGUCAGCAGUGUCAAGGCUGGAUACAGGUGCCUGGAAGUGCCACGGGCCAUUCAGUCACUGCUUCCUAAGGAGAAAGAUGAACACUUAUGGUGAUGAGGAAAACAGAGAGACGCACUCACCUUCUCCAUUCUGUCUUGGCCAGAAAACCACACCCACCCUCAGUGAUGAGGAAAACAACACAGUCUUGAAAGAAGACUAUGAAGCUGAACAGUGUAUUAUGGCUGCUGCUAUGAAUGACAUGAGCCUUAAAGCAAGGCUAGCUCGUGUGAAUUCAAUGAAGGGAAAAACCUACAGUCUCCCCACAGGGUUUGCAGACGCACGGAAGGAUGCCUUAGAGAUGAUCAGCUUGGUACGUUCCAGUGUAGGCCAGUUGUCCAGGGGCAAGAGGUCUGAGGUCAGUAAGGCUGACCUGGGGAAGUUCUCCCAACUGCUUUCCAUGCAAGCCAAAGCACUGGGUAGUGCUUGUAGUCAGAUGGCCCUGGAGCACAGCAGUCCAGAGGAGUUACUGCUUACUCUGACGCACAGCUUCCAUACACUCUGCUGCCUAACACAAGCCUGCAUGUCACUGGUAGAAGGCCUGAGCACUGAGACCCGGCGUCAUGAGGUGGUAGCCAAGGUGGACGAGGUGGUCAUGAACUAUGUGUGUCUGCUAAAAGCUGCUGAGGUGGCUUUGGGAAGCUCCUUCAAUGACCAAAGUGUGAAUGCAUUGACACAUCACUCUACCACCAUGUCUGCUAUUAUAAACACACUAACUCACUCACUGAAAUCACUGCUCAACAAAUAAACUGUUUUUCUGUUGUCCUGAUUAUUGAUUUCAAAGCCAUACAUAAGAGACAUGGGUUUAACAACCAAUGUGAACUGCUGUGAUAAACCUUGCCUUGUGUAUACAGUAUUUUAUUAUGUAAGAUACAAAUGAAUUAUAUGAAUCAUAAUUAAACUUUUAAAUAGAUUAUAUUAAGGCCUCUAUGAAGAAGAAUAUAAAUUCCCCAAGAAUAUUAUCUAAUAUUACAUUAUAGGGAUUAUUUUAAUAAGUUAUUAAUGGUCUUUGGGGACUCAUCAUGUAGAUUAUUAAAACUUUAUUAAUGUAUGUACCUUGGUUAUAAAAAUGCAUACAAUAUAAAAUAGCCAGUUCUAGACAAAUCAUGUGCAGGACAAGACAUGACAAAUAAAAAUAGCGCAUAUGACUUCAGUCUUUUUCAUUUGCUGGAAUCACCUUGAUUUUAUGAAUACUUUGCACAUGAUCACCAAGUAUGU